AUGGGGGUUCUGAAAAACAUUCUCGCGCCAAGUCGCAGCGCCAGCAGAGCAAGGGCGAGUCUUGGCCGUAAUUACAAUUUAUUCGAGUACACCAAAGGCCGGUUUUUGUUUAAUGAGGAACUACGCCGCAAUGAGCGUCGGAUAAACUUCAAUCCUGAUGCGCUUGCCGCGACAAUCUGCCAUUCUGUCAACCGUUCUGUUUCGGAGCUGAUAUCAUUCGAAAAACUAGCCGAGGGCGGAUUCAAUAGAGUGUUCGAGGCAACUUUCACAGAUGGUUAUGCUGUCCUCGCCCGACUUCCGUUCCGUAUUACCUCUCCCAUCCGUUAUGCAGUUGCAAGCGAAGCAGCCACUCUUGGCUUUCUGCGUGCCAAUUCUCUGCCUGUCCCGAAAGUACUGGCUUAUUCAUGUGACAAUACAAAUCCUGUUGGGGCAGAGUACCUUAUUUUGGAGAAAAUUGAGGGAAAGCCAUUAAGCGAUCAGUGGUUUACAAUGGACACGAAAAUAUGUGUUAAAAUAAUGAGACAGAUAGUGGAGCUUGAGGCACGCUUUAUGAGCCUUUCGUUUCCUGCUAGCGGCAGUCUGUAUUACCAAAGAGACUUGAAUCCAUGUGAUAGGAUACAUUCAAUAGAAGGCGGCCCAGGAGAUACCGAUCAAUUUGUGGUUGGACCGACUGCUCAACACGCAUGGUGGUAUCGAGAACGAGCGCGGCUGGAUGUGGACAGGGGACCGUGGACAAGCUUCCUGGAAUGCACUCAGGCUCCAGCCAAACGUGAAAUACAGUUCUGCAAUCAAUAUGGAAAACCGCGACUUCAUGUUGAACGCUAUUUGCGGGAGCUACAAGAAUUCAGGACCUUAUCGCCUAAAGAUCAUGCGCUGCGGCUUUUUGAAUACCUUCAGUUGACAUUGCACCUAGAUUUACCAUCAACAAACCCUUUUGCCCGACCUCUUUUGCGUCAUCCUGACUUUUCACUUAGUAAUAUUUUGAUAAACCCUUCUGAUAACACGAUAGCUGGAGUCAUUGACUGGCAGCAUGCAACAGUUCUGCCCCUCUGUCUCUGUGCUGGGAUCCCCAGGUACUUUCAGAACUGGGGUGACUCGAAAUCAGAGGCCCUAGCAAAGCCUGAAACAAAACUACCCGAUGGUUUUGACGAUCUUCCCGAACAGGAGCAGGAUGUUGUGCAAGAAACUAUGCGCAAACGUCUUGUACACUUUUAUUACGCUGCAUAUACCAUGCGCAAGAUGCCUGAUCACUUUGAUGCAUUGCGCGAUCAUAAUGCAAUACUUCGAGCAAAACUAUUUGAUAGAGCCAGUGCACCUUGGGAAGGCGAUUCUCUGUCACUAAAGCAUACUAUACUUCAAGUACAGCAAAACUGGCCGAUGCGACUCACUUCUCACCCGCCAGUUCAGGCGGAUGGAGACUGUCCAGUAAAGUAUUCUCAAGAGGAGAGAUAUCAGUGUGUCAAAGAGCAUGAGAAAGAAGAAGAAAAACUACAAGAACUUUCUGAGAUGCGGGAAAUGAUUGGCAUUGACCAACUAGGCUGGGUUCCUGAUGAUGACCAUUUAGAGAAGGCAAGGGAUGUGGCUAGGAUGAUUAAACAGGGACUAUUAGAGCACUCAAGCACCGAAAUUGAGAGGCUUGCCAUUUUGAAUCACUUUCCAUUUGAUGAUCAUGACGAAGAGGAAUGA